AUGACGCCUAGUAAAAUCCGUGGUGUGAACCUCGGUUCACUCUUUAUCAUCGAGCCGUGGAUGGUAGGAGAUACUUGGGGCAAGAUGGGUUGCGGUGGAAAGGCUUCCGAGUUCGACUGCAUGAUGGUACUCGGCCAAGAGGCAGGCGAUGCUGCCUUCCAGAAACAUUGGUCAACUUUCAUCACUGAGGCGGACUUUGACGAGAUGGUUUCUUAUGGCAUCAAUACAGUCCGUAUUCCCAUUGGAUACUGGAUGUAUGAGAAGCUAGUCUACACCGAUUCGGAACAUUUUCCAAGAGGCGGAUUUGAGUACCUGAGAAAAGUUGCAUCAUGGGCCAAGAGUAGACAAAUAUUUGUGGUUCUGGUACUUCACGGAGCUCCAGGAGCACAAGCCACCAGCAACGCUUUCACAGGACAAAAUGCUAACCCAGCCGGAUUCUACCAACAAUAUCAGUACGAUCGCGGUAUUGAGUUUCUCGAAUGGAUCACGGAGAUGAUAUACACAUAUAGCGGUGACUUCGACCAUGUUUUCAUGCUCGAAGUGCUCAACGAGCCCCUACAAUGGGGCGCGGCACCAGCAACUCUUCGAUCAUAUUUCUAUGAGAAGGCUUUUGCCGCUAUCCGAGAGAAAGAACACAUGCUUGGUAUCACCGAAAACGAAUCACUCCAUAUCCAGUUCAUGAACUCUCUGUGGGGAGCCGGUAAUCCGGUUGAAGACAUUAAUCCCCACUACUGGGCUGCUUUUGAUGACCACAGAUACCUCAAGUGGGUGCCAAAGGACCAGCUGACCGUGUCGAAAGAGGACUACAUCAAAACGUCUUGCAAUGACAACCGCCAAGCUGAAGGCGAAAAUCCAACCAUUGUUGGCGAGUUCAGUUUGAGUGUGGCAGAUGAAGUUGAAAGAACGGCGGAUUGGAGCGUCGACAACGAUCCUGACUUCUACAAGAGUUGGUUUGCGGCUCAAAUCAAGUCCUACGAAAAGGCCACCAAUGGCUGGAUUUUCUGGUCAUGGAAAACUGAACUUGGCGAUGCACGUUGGGAUUAUAAGCGUGAGUACUUUCCCCAUAUGUCGAUAAAAGUAUAA